AUGGAUUUUUACAAACUUUACGAAAUCAAAGACUGGACAUGUGCAAAGGUUGUAGAAUAUUAUCAUGCAAACUUGAUGCAAAAGGAUUGGACAAGUGUGCUUGACAAAAUAAAAAAGGAUCUUCAAAUUGUAGCCUCUUCAGUUUCAACUUUUGACAUAAAGUGUAAAAGAAAAGCUCAAAAAAUUAUUGAUAGCUGGAAGGUAAAACAACAAAUCCUUGCGACUGGAAAUGCUACGAUCAAUGUAAAUGAUAAUCGUCACACAGGACAUUAUCGAGAUGAAGUUACGGCUCAGGUCGAAGCUACUACAGUUGACUCUGGCUAUACCGAACCUGGCUAUACCGAACUCUGGAUAUA